GGACCGACAGCCGCGCAGCUCCGGCCGCCGCGGAGAUACCGGGCCCGGCUCCCGAGGGCGCCAGCGAGGCCCCGGGGAGCGCGAGGAGACGGCGAGCGCGCGGCCUGCCGUUGGCGGCCUAGUCCGGCGCGCUCAGCGCCCACCCGCCCCGGAAAGAUGGUGUCCUGGAUGAUCUCCAGAGCCGUGGUGUAAGUGCCGCUCACGGCGGCCCGCAGCCCGCGCGAAGCCCGGGGGAGGCUGGUGUUUGGAAUGCUUUAUCCUGCAUAUUAUUCAUACAAAGCUGUGAAAACAAAAAACGUAAAGGAAUAUGUUCGGUGGAUGAUGUACUGGAUUGUUUUUGCUCUCUAUACUGUGAUUGAAACAGUAACAGAUCAAACAGUUGCUUGGUUUCCCUUGUACUAUGAGCUGAAGAUUGCUUUUGUCAUAUGGCUGCUCUCUCCCUAUACCAAAGGAGCAAGUUUAAUAUAUAGAAAAUUCCUUCAUCCCCUUCUUUCUUCAAAGGAAAGGGAGAUUGAUGAUUAUAUUGUACAAGCAAAGGAACGGGGAUAUGAGACUAUGGUAAACUUUGGACGGCAAGGUUUAAACUUAGCAGCCACUGCUGCUGUCACUGCAGCAGUGAAGAGCCAAGGAGCAAUAACUGAACGUUUAAGAAGUUUCAGUAUGCAUGAUUUAACAGCUAUCCAAGGUGAUGAGCCUGUGGGACAAAGACCAUAUCAACCUCUACCGGAAGCAAAAAAGAAAAGUAAACCAGCCCCCAGUGAAUCAGCAGGUUAUGAAAUUCCACUGAAAGAUGGAGACGAGAAAACAGAUGAAGAAGUGGAUGGGCCAUAUUCAGAUGAUGAGAUGUUAACACGCAAAGGGCUUCGAAGAUCGCAAAGCAUGAAAUCUGUGAAAACCGUCAAAGGCCGCAAGGAGGUGCGGUAUGGGUCACUAAAAUAUAGAGUGAAGAAGAGACCACAGGUGUAUUUUUAGUCAUCUCCACUUCAAAUAUCCCAAGACAAAUUAUGCUAAUGCAUCGACUUCAUUGUCUAACAUGAUGUAUUCAGGAUUUAUACAUUAAAAUUAUUCUUUAAAUUGUG